GUUGUGGCAUCAACCUCUGCAAAGACUUUGUGCUUCUCCUUCAGUUUAGCAUCUAGGCACUAAUCUGUGACGAUGGAAUCGUACACUGCAGGAGCCAAAUUUGAUUGCUUACUAUUUGAUAUUGAUGACACUCUCUAUCCACUGAGCGUAGGACUCAACCAAGCUUGCCGUGACAACAUACAAGGAUACAUGCUGAACAAGCUGCAUAUUGAAGAGAGCCAGGUUCCAAAAAUGUGCCUCGAUUUGUACAAGGAGCAUGGAACCACAAUGGCUGGUCUCAAGGUUUCGGGCUAUGAUUUCGACUACGAUGACUUCCACGGUUGCGUUCAUGGAAGACUGCCGUAUGAGAAGCUGAAGCCUGACCCUGUCCUAAGGCAGCUGCUGAUCUCCCUGCCACAGAGGAAGAUCAUUUUCACCAACUCUGACAAAACCCAUGCGGCUACGGUCCUGAAGAAGCUCGGGCUAGAGGGCUGCUUCGAUGCCAUCAUCUGCUUCGAGACCCUGAACCCGCCAACCGAACAAGACGACAUCGACAGUGGUCGCAGGGGAAUCCUGUGCAAGCCGUCUGUGGAGUCCAUGGAAGCUGUCAUAGAGAUCGCCAAGCUCGAUGCCGAGAGAACGGUGUUCUUCGACGACAGUGCGCGCAACAUUGCCGCAGGGAAGGCGGCCGGCUUCCACACCGUCGUGGUGGGGAGCUCGUCGCUGGUGCCGGGCGCGGACGUGGCACUGGAGAGCAUCCACAACAUCAAGGAGGCGCUGCCGGAGCUGUGGGUGGAGGCCGACGGCGAGCACCUCGACGCGAUGCUCCGUGCUGCCGCCGUGGAGACCACGGUGCUCGCAUGAACGCGUCGUCGUUCACGGGCUUGUGGGGCGCGCGCUUACUCGCUGCCGAGUGAACCUGUCCGUUGUAUGAGUGGACAGUGUCGCCUCGAGUACAGCCAGUAAAAGAGCAGAGAAUAACGGUGUGCGUAGGUGUGGCGUGUGUCGGUGUGUGCUCUCGAUCCAUCGAGGUUGGCGAUGAUGUGUGUCUGAAACUAUGAAUCAAUAAAGGUUAAUCUUUGUGAAA